CUUGCUAUGCGAACCCAGAAAAAAAAAUCAGCAACUUCAAAGCCCCCAUAUUCCUUUAGUCUUCUCAUUUACAUGGCUAUUGAACACUCUCCAAAUAAAUGUUUGCCUGUCAAAGAAAUUUAUAGCUGGAUUUUGGACCGCUUCCCAUAUUUUGCCACUGCACCAACAGGCUGGAAGAAUUCUGUUCGACAUAAUCUAUCCCUGAAUAAAUGUUUUCAGAAAGUGGAAAGAAGCCAUGGCAAGGUUAAUGGAAAAGGUUCCUUAUGGUGUGUUGAUCCAGAAUAUAAACCCAACCUAAUGCAGGCACUGAAGAAGCAACCUUUUUCCUCAGCAUUAACAUUCUACACCCCUCCUGCAUCUCCACAAAGUGGCUCUUUAUCACCUCACUUCUUAAGCUCUGUACUCAAGCAGAACCAGGUGCGAACCCUCAAAGAAUCUGAUAUAGAUGCUGCCACCGCAAUGAUGCUUUUAAAUACUUCUAUAGAACAAGGAAUUUUAGAAUGUGAGAAGCCUCUUCCUCUUAAAACAGCAAUGCAAAAAAAGAGGAGUUAUGACAAUGCAUUCAGUCAUCCCAGUACCAUGCGACUGCAAGAGAGUGAUUCUUUGGCCACAAUUCCGAUCAUCAGCAAAGUGUAUGUCUUCGUUUUUGAAGUGACGGUGGCUUGUAUUGUACCUCCAUGGUUCCUCAUGAUCCUUACCAUUCCCAGCAUGCGCAGCUACAGAGCCCACCAGGUGCGAGGAUGGUGUUAUCCCAACUACAUGUUACCAGAAAUAAGUCACAGUAGGAAAGCAGAUUACGACAGCUUAAAGUGUGGGAAAGAGAAGCUAUGA